AUGGAGGCGGCGGCGGGCGGGCUCUGCGGCUCUGGACCGCCGCUGCUGCUGAGCGAGAGCGAGCAGCAGUACUACUCUGAGCUCUUCGCGCGCUGCGCCGGCGCCUCAGGCGGGGGCCCCGGUCCCGGGCCCCCUGAGGCCGCCAGGGCUGCCCCCGGCGCGGCCACCGCAGCCGCUGGCCCGGUCGCCGACCUGUUCCGGGCGUCGCAGCUGCCCGCCGAGACGCUGCACCAGAUCACAGAAUUGUGUGGUGCCAAGCGGGUUGGUUAUUUUGGUCCAACACAGUUUUACGUUGCCCUGAAAUUAAUUGCUGCGGCACAGUCUGGCCUCCCUGUGCGGAUAGAGAGUAUUAAAUGUGAACUGCCGCUGCCUCGCUUUAUGAUGUCAAAGACUGAUGCUGAAAUCCGGUUUGGGAACAUGACUGAGCUGCAUGGAACUAAAGUUCAGAUUCCAUAUUUAAUCACAGAAAAAAAUACCUUCAAAAGAAUCGACGAUGAGGAUAAACAGCAGGAAACGCAGUCUCCCUCGAUGUCACCUCUUGCCUCCCCUCCUUCUUCCCCGCCUCAUUACCAGAGGGUGCCCUUGAGCCAUGGCUACAGCAAACUGCGGAGCAGCACGGAGCAGAUGCAUUCAGCUCCUUAUGAAGCUAGACAGCCCCUUGUCCAGCCUGAGGGACCCUCAUCGGGAGGCCCAGGAGCUAAACCCCCUCGGCAUCAGGUUUCCCUUAUCCGGUCCUUUUCAGUGGAGAGAGAACUGCAGGAUAACAGCACUAGUUACCCAGACGAACCCUGGAGGAUAACAGAAGAGCAGCGCGAGUACUAUGUCAACCAGUUCCGGUCCCUGCAGCCUGAUCCGAGUUCCUUCAUUUCAGGUUCUGUUGCCAAAAACUUCUUCACCAAAUCAAAACUUUCCAUUCCAGAACUCUCCUAUAUAUGGGAACUGAGUGAUGCCGACUGCGAUGGAGCCCUGACCCUGCCAGAGUUCUGUGCUGCAUUUCAUCUCAUUGUGGCCCGAAAGAACGGCUACCCAUUGCCUGAGGGCCUGCCUCCAACUCUGCAGCCAGAGUACCUGCAAGCAGCCUUUCCUAAGCCCAAGUGUGCAUUAUUUGAUUCUUAUUCUGAGUCAAUACCAGCAAACCAACAACCCCGUGACUUGAAUCGGAUGGAGAAGCUGUCUAUUAAAGACAUGGCCGACUUUCCUGUCCCUACCCAAGAUGUGACUGGUGAUGACAAACAAGCUUUGAAGAGUGCUACUGAUGAAGCCUUACCAAAGGACAUGUCUGAGGAUUCAGCCACUCCUAAGGAUUCCAACAGUCUCAAAGCAAGACCAAGAUCCAGAUCUUACUCUAGCACCUCCAUAGAAGAGGCCAUGAAAAGGGGCGAGGACCCUCCCACCCCGCCACCGCGGCCACAGAAAACCCAUUCCAGAGCCUCCUCCUUGGAUCUGAAUAAAGUCUUCCAGCCCAGUGUGCCAGCUUCAAAGUCAGGAUUGUUACCUCCACCACCUGCGCUCCCUCCAAGACCUUGUCCAUCUCAGUCUGAACAAGCAUCUGAGGCCGAGUUGCAUCCCCAGUUGAACAGGGCCCCCUCUCAAGCUGCGGAAAGUAGUCCAACAAAGAAGGAGAUACCAUAUUCUCAGCCCCCAUCAAAGCCCAUCCGUAGGAAAUUCCGACCUGAAAAUCAAGCUACAGAAAAUCAAGAGCCUCCUACCACUGUAGGCGGGCCAGCUUCUGUAACAACCGUGAAACCCCAUCCAGCAGUCCAAAAGCAGUCUUCCAAACAGAAGAAGGCUAUUCAAACUGCUAUCCGCAAAAAUAAAGAGGCAAAUGCAGUGCUGGCCCGUCUGAACAGCGAGCUCCAGCAGCAGCUCAAGGAGGUUCAUCAAGAACGGAUUGCAUUGGAAAACCAAUUGGAACAACUUCGUCCAGUCACUGUAUUGUGA